AUGGCCGAUGAAAAGCCCAAGGAAGGAGUCAAGACUGAUCACAUUAGUUUGAAGGUGGUGGAGGAGGAUGGUUGCGUGGUGCUGUUUCAGAUUAAGAGGCACACGCCACGUAGUAAACUCAUGAAAGCCUAUUGUGAACAACAGGGUCUGUCGAUGAGGCAGAUCAGAUUCCGAAUUGAUGGGCAGCCAAUCAAUGAAACAGACACACCUGCACAGUUGGAAAUGGAGGAUGAAGAUACAAUUGAGGUGUUCCAGCAGCCAACAGGGGGUCUACUAAAAAGGGAACCUGCUACUUCACUUCAGAACUCCAUUCUUCCAGACCAAGAAGACAUUCUCAAGCAGGGUCAAGGCCGUAGCCCUGUGAGGUCCUCCCACUGUCUGAGGGCCCAUCGAGCUGGGAGAGACCUCAGCACUCAUCACACCAGCAGCACGUGGGGCCCAGGGAGAGGAAGGGAUUGCCCACGAUCACACGCAUCCCAGUUGAAAAUCGCCGGGCUGGAGCGUGAUGGGAGCUCCGGAGAAACAAAGCAAGGAAGAAGAUGGUGCAAGGGUGAGGAGGACUGCGAAGUGGAGGGGGCCCUGGAAGGCUUGAAGAAGGAAGGGGUGCAGGCAUGUGGGAGGAGAACAUUCCAGAGGAAGGGAAGCACCGGUGCGAGGCCCUGGGCUGGGCUCCAGCAGCAGCAAGGUCCCCAAGGGCACAGUGCAGGGUCCGGGGGCCCAGAAGCCUGGAGAUCUGGUCCUGACUUCUGGUCAUUCUCGGGAACCACUGAGGACCUUCAUCUGCUUCCCAGCCCCAUCUCCCCACCUCUGAGGGCACUGCCAGGAAGGAUCAAAGAGAACCUCUUGAGAGGGCCUGCUCCCGUUCCAGAUAAUCGCCAGGUUUAUGAGCAGAAAUUGGGGCCCAAGAGACACUGUCAGCCAGAAUCCCCAGUUACUCAUUUCUAUACCUCAUCUCAGACAAACAUUAGCCCCAACACAUGUUCUUCUGAGAGCUACGCUGGAUGGCAGCUACGUGAUGGGGCUUAAAGUUGACCCACGCCACCCCCUCCUCCCAGCAAAUGCUACCCCUAGACCAGGGAGCAAAGGGGGCACCAUCAGAUAUGCUUAGGGAUGGAAUCUCCACAUCAAAUCACUUAGCAAGACCUGGGUGUUCAAAUUCAAACAAGGGUGACCAUUUAUCUCCUCUUCGCCCCAGUCCCGGCCAACAUCACGUCCUGGGUGUCGGGCAGACGCCUGCCUCCUUUGACGGCGAUGACUUUCUCUACGACUCCCGUCAAACCUUUCUCCUCUCCACAGCCGGAAUGAUCUUUUCAAAAUUCAAAGUCAAUCACGUCACCCAUGAUGAAAAUCAAUAAUUUCUUUCAGUUUAGAAGAUCCAAACUCCUUCCUGUGGCCUCAAGGACCCCCAGGGCAAUUCUGUUCUCUCUGGCCAUCCAUCAUCUCACCUUUCAGGACUCAGCCUAAAUAUGUGGUUCUCGACUGGGAGCAAUUUUGGCCCCCAAGGGACAUUUGACAAUAUCUGGAGAUGUAGUUGGUUGUCAUGGGGGGGAGGUGGAGGGUGCUACUUGCAUCUAGGGGGCAGAGGCCAGGGAUGCUGCUGGACAUUGGACAGUGUGCAGAACAGUCCCCACAACAAAAGAAUUGCCUGACCCAAAAUGUCAAUAGCGCCAAAGUUGACGAAUCUUGGCUUAAUUCGUUUCCUCAGAAACGUCUUCCCUGAGCAUCUUUAUCAAAAGUUGGUUCCCAGGUCCCUCAUCCUUCACCUUGCUAACCAGUCUGUAAAUGUGUUUUUGUUCUUUUUCACACACUUGCAUGUUCCACCAGGUCGGAGACCAAGUAUGUCUUCUUCAGCUUUGUUGCUUUAGCACCUGUCACUUAGUAGGUGAUCAAUACAUAUUCGUGGACCAUGUGAUCUCACUCAUAUGUGGAAUCUAGUGAACAAACUGAACUAACAA